UUCAGAACGAACCAAACUUCAGACCCACCAUCGUGAUGAGCUCCGUGAGGAAAGAUCUCCGGUACUUGGCGGACGGCGGGUGUUUCUGAGCCAGAGGACUCAGACUGGUCUUCAGGAGGAAGACUUCACGUUACUGCCCUCCUCACCAAACCCCCAGGAGCGGACGGACAUUCGGACGUUUGACUUCGCUGGUCUCCGCCCAUGAUCUAGCUGCCUCACAUCGUAACCCGGGCAUCGAGUCAGCGGAUCAUCGUCUGAGCAGCGGCGUCCCGCGGUGGUCGUCAUGGUGCUGAAGGUCUUCUUCCCGCAGUGCUGCAACCGCGCGGCCAGCGGGCUGCUGGUGGGCCGCUGGCUGCCCGGCCGCGACACGGCCGUGGUGCUGGCCGUCAUCCACUACCCCUUCAUCCCCAGCACCGUGAAACAGUACCUCCAGAAGGUCCAGGCCCAGAGCCAGGUGCCGGUGGAGGUGCUGGGCUCGUGGAGCAUGCCCAGUGAGAAGCAGGAGGGUCUGGACUCCUUCCUGAGGGACCUCCGCACCAUCUUCCCCCAGGGCCGCUGGCUGCAGGUCAGCCGGGAGGUGGGCAAGACCGGCUUCAGCUGCCAGCUGCUCCCGCUGGCCCUAGCAGAUGGAGGAGAUGAACAGACACAGAAGGAGAAGAAGGUGGAGAAGGAGGAGGAGGAGAAGAAGAAGGAGAAGAAGGAGAAGAAGAAGAAGAAGAAGAAGAAGAAGGAGGAUCUGGCGGAGGGUGGUGGUACAGAGAAAGAGGAGGAGGAGGAGGAGGAGGAGGUGGAGGAGGAGAUGAAGGUGGAGAAGAAGAAGAAGGAGGAGCAGGCGGAGGGUGAUGGUACAGAGAAGGAGGAGGUGGAGGAGAAGGACAGAGUCAUCUUCGUCCACUACGACCAGAGGAAGGUGAUGGUGUCCCAGCUCCACCCUCUGGAGAGCCCAGCCCCGUCCGACUCUGAGGAAACCUCAGAACUCAGACAGAUGUUCUGGACGGUGGGCCGCAGCGAGCCGCUCUUCCUGAAGGAUAAGUACGAUGACGGGCCGCUGAAGAUGAGCCACUGGCAGUCGGAGGGCCGCGAGGCCAGCAUCCUGGUGGAGCUGAUGAAGCUGGCCUCCACCCCGCUCUGCCUGCUGCUGGCCUGGGUGCUGGGCGCCUGGGGCUGGGUCACUGGCACACGGCUGCUGAACCUCCCUCCUCUGCGCUUCCUGUCCAGUAAGCUGUCCUCCUGCGUUCAGCUGAGCCACAGGACCGCCCACAUGAAGACCGUGGCCUCCUUAGACAGAGCCACCAGCCACACACACUUCAUGAGGAAGGCCAACGUGCUGGUGUCCGUGCUGCUGGACGUCUUCCUGGGGCUGCUCUUCAUCUCCUGGCUCUACCGGGAGCAGCGGCUGGCCCGCCUGGCCAGCGCCCUGAUGCCCGCCGCAGACCGUGUCUCCAAGGAGCUGGAGGAGCUGCUCCAGUGGCUGAUGGGAGCUCCGGCCGGACUGAAGAUGAACCGAGCCCUGGACCAGGUGCUGGGGCGCUUCUUCCUCUACCACAUCCACCUCUGGAUCAGCUACCUGCGGCUGCUGGCUCCCUUCCUGGAGGUGAUCCUGUGGUAUGGAGGUCUGUCCGCGGCCCUAGGCCUGACCUUCGCCCUCUCUCUGCUGUCGGACAUGCUGGCCCUCCUCACCUUCCACAUCUACUGCUUCUACGUCUACGGAGCCAGGCUCUACUGUAUGAAGCUCUACGGUCUCUGUUCUCUCUGGAGACUCUUCAGAGGCAGGAAGUGGAACGUUCUGCGGCAGAGAGUCGACUCGUGCUGCUACGACCUGGACCAGCUCUUCAUCGGGACCCUCCUCUUCACCAUCUUGUUGUUCCUGCUGCCCACCACAGCCCUCUACUACCUGGUCUUCACCAUGCUGCGUCUGAUGGUGGUGGCCCUGCAGGGCGUGCUGCACCUCAGCGUGGACCUCAUCAACUCCUUCCCCGUGUUCGCCCUCGGCCUACGCGUCUUCACACCGUACCGCCUGGCUGAGGGGGUGAAGUUUCGAGUUCUGUCUGAUGAGCCUGGGACAGCCUUACAUCUGCUUAUGGAGAUGAACGCUCUGGGGUUCGGUUCGGUGGUCCAGACCUACCGGACCCCCACCUACAGCUGCUACCCGCCGGAUUCCUGGGGCGCCCUGCUCAGGAAGCUCUUCGUGGGGGAGCUGGUGUUCCCCUGGAAACGCAAGACCACCAAGACAGACUGACCCCCCAAACACAAGAACACCAAGAGGGACUGAGCCCCAAAACACUAAAAGUGUGCGUGUUUGUGCGCUCGCGUGUGUUAGUGCACGCAGUGGCCAGUUGAUGAGGGAGAGAGUUUCGAGGCUCUUGAGGAGUUGCCAUGGGGAUAGGUGUGGCUGUUGACCAGGUGUGAACCUGAUGCUGGUUCUAUGUUGUUAUGAUGUCUCACCCUGGAUUGUGCUGUAGUUCUAGUCUUAGUUGUAGUUGUAGUUAAGUUGUUUUAACCCUGCACUAAUGAACCAUUGAGGGGAGGGGCGUCCGUUUAUUUAUCCUAGGACUUGAUUGUUUUGUUUGUUUUGUUUCAGGUGAAUCUGUUUUGAUUGUUUUUGUUUCUCAUUGACUAUUUUUGUUUGUGUUGAUCUGUGGAAGUAACAUUAGGUCCCGACCCAUUUUGUCUGAUUGGCUGGGGAACAUUCCGUAACAUUAGAUAUGUCUGAAGCCUGUUUAGCUGAGGACCAUGUCUCUCUGUGAUUGGUCGAUGUAGAGCUGGGGGUGAACUGGUGCCAACGUUCUCUUUUAAUACAAUGCGUCUGAUCAUGUGUUUUUCUACUAUUAAAAACUAAUAUUAUUAACUAACAGCUCAA